AUGCACCGAAAGCACAGCACGCGCGAUCACGCUGCACAAACUAAAACCAUCGAACAUCGAAGUGUCCGAGAAGCGAAGCCGACUAGAUGUAGAAGAUUUCCAAAUUUGUAUAAUGUUGGGUCUCCCUUAUACAAGAAUAAGGAGAAGAUGGCUGAAUCCUUACAGCACAUUUGUAGGGAACUGAACGAACAGUGUGGUACUACAUUUGCCAUGGAAGAAGUGUGGAAAACAUUGAACGGACUUCGGAAAAGCUAUUUCCACGAGGUUAAAAAGAUAAGGAAAAACAGAAGAUAUUCGUCAACUUUGUGGUGUUUUCAUGAUAUUUGUUUUCUAAAUAAUGGUACACUUUCAGUGGAGGGUAAAUCAGAUUUUGUAUCUUAUGAAGAACUUAGUACUUUUUAUGAUGGCCAAACUUAUACCCACAUCCCGGAUCAUUUUGAGAGGUUGGGGAAUAUGGUAGCCAUAGAAUUAAGAAAACUGGAAGACGAAGUAAUCUUAGGAAGGGCAGAAACUCAUAUUGUACAAGUUAUUGCUGAAGCCUUAGUUGAAUAUGAUUAUUAUUAUGAUUAA